AUGAAAAUUGGUCAAUUAAUCACCGGAAAACAUGACAUCGAUAGUAUUGGCGUCAAGGUCACCAAACCCAAUUCUAUCCCGUUCACAGAUGGCGUCGGCGUCAGUUCAAAUAUGAUCAAAGAUUCGUUUAAAGAUCUGCAAAGCACAGAAUCCAACAUUCCAACUUCAGAUGAAGAGUCAACUAAGAACGGAAAUCAUAUUGCUUACAUUGCAUUCGGUUCGAAUCAAGGUAAUCAAAUGAAAAACAUUAGAGAAGCAUUGAAUUACUUAGAAGAAGCGAAAAUUAAGAUCGUAUCUACUUCUUCGUUGUACAUAUCCAAACCAAUGUAUUACAAAGAUCAGCCUGAUUUCUUCAACGAAGUUAUCCAAGUUUCGUUCGACGACUUGUCUCCAGUUGAUUUGAUGAAAAUAUGCAAAGAAAUCGAAUAUGAACGUAUCAAUCGUGUGAAAAAGAUUAACAAUGGACCGAGAUCCAUCGACUUGGACAUUCUACUAUACGAUGACAUCAUAUUCAACCGGGAUGAGUUAGUUAUUCCUCAUAAAUCUAUGCUGGAAAGAUCAUUCGUCUUACAACCAUUAUGUGAACUCAUCAGUCCUGAUGUUCUCCAUCCGGUUACCGCUGAAACUUUUCAUGAACAUUUAGCUCAACUGUUAAAUAGUCAACCGAAUGAAACGCUUCAAGAUUCAUCGGACCUUUUACAAAUUAUUCCAGUUUCACGAUUCGAAUUGAACCACGAGAAAAAUCCCUUGAAAUUUGAUCAAUUGAAAUACAAACAUCCGACGUUGAUCAUCGGUGUCAUGAACAUCACUCCUGACUCGUUUAGUGACGGCGGUGAUAACUACAAUGUGAGCGCUGAUGUAAUAGAGAGCACUGCUUUACGAUUGUUAGAUGAAGGUGCGACGAUAUUGGACAUCGGAGGUGUUUCGACAAGACCAGGUAGUGUUGCCCCGAGUGAAGACGAAGAACUCCAGCGUGUACUGCCUGUGGUCGAAAUUAUCCAACAAUCAAAAAACGAGAAAUUGUCUACGUGUCUCAUUUCUAUCGAUACUUAUCGAGCGAACGUUGCUGAAGAAUGUCUGAAAGAGGGCGCAGACAUCAUUAAUGAUAUUUCCAUGGGAUUAUACGAACCGGAAAUAUUCCACGUUAUCGCUAAGUAUGAAUGUCCGUAUAUUAUGAAUCACACUCGAGGAACAACUCAAACGAUGUCCAGUUUGAACAAUUACGAAUCGAAUGACAACGAAGAUAUUGUCGAGUAUAUGAUUGAUCCUGUAAAUCCUUCAUUUAAUGUUAAAAAUUGGAAUUCACAGGUGGCCAACUUGAUUAACGGAAUAUCUCGAGAAUUUGGAUUACAGAUCUUCAAGGCUUUUAAAAGUGGUGUAAGAAAAUGGCAGAUAAUCAUCGAUCCAGGUGUUGGAUUUGCCAAGAAAUUAUCAGAGAAUUUAAUCGUCAUUAAACAUGCUUCUUAUUUCAAAAAAUACUCAAUGAUGGUUAACGGACAUUCCUAUUUGACUUUCAACGGCUUGGCUACUCUUCUAGGCCCUUCGAGAAAGAAGUUUUUGGGUACGCUCUGCAAUGAACCUGUUGCGCGAGAGAGAGUUAUCAGCACUGGCGCAACCAUCAUGGCAUGCAUACAACAAAAUACCGAUAUCGUUAGAGUUCACGAUGUAAAAGAAAUAAACAAAGUUGUGAAAGUGGGUGAUGCUUUAUAUAAAAAUAUUUAUGAAAGACAAUAA